AUGGCGAAUCCAUCCCAACUCUUCCUCGUCGUCGACCAUAUCAAGCUGUCGCUCCUAGAGCGGCAACGAGCCAUCAGCCUCGACCUCGAGCCCAAUGCUCAAGACGGCGAGAUCUCACGGGCUCUCGAGUCUCUCCGCGAAGGCAUCGAAUCCAUUGAAGCCGAGCAAUCCCGGCUGGCCGAUUCCCACGACAGCGCAGGCGCUGCCGCCCUGAAAGACCAGCUUGGCCCCCUCCGCGCCCAAUACCAGGACCUGUCAUCUCAGUUCUACGGCCCAGACAACGAAUCAGACCCGACGCGGGGAUCUUUCUCUGGCGGCAACCAGCCCACGUCGGCCAAAUCCCCCGAUCUCAAACAGCCCGUCCCGCAACACCCGCCCUCGAAAUCCGUGCGCUUCAUGGAUAAUACGGCCGCGGCGGCAGCCGUGCAAGAUGAGAUCGACGCCGAGGAGAAUCGCAACCGGCGGAACCUCUUCCAGCCCUAUCGCGACGAGCCGUCGCCCUCGGGCCCCGAUCCGUCCGGUAUGAACAAUCAGCAGAUCCACGACUACCACGCCCAGACCAUCCGUGAUCAGGACGACCAGCUCGAUCGCCUGGGCGAGUCCAUCGGGCGCCAGCACGAGCUGAGCAUCCAGAUCGGAGAUGAGCUGGAGGGCCAUGUCACUCUCCUGGAUGGCAUGGACGGCGACGUAGAUCGACAUCAGACUCGGCUGGAUGGUGCGCGGCGGCGGCUGGACCGCUUCCGGCGCAAGGCCGGUGAUAAUUGGAGUUUGAUGACUAUCGUCGGGCUGAUUAUCAUUCUGGUGAUUUUGAUUGUAAUUCUGAAAUAA